ACUCUGAUCAGUCCAUCCACCUUGAUUGACCCAGUGAGGUGGAGUGGAAUCAGAAAAUAAAGCAAGUGAGGAGUGUAGCCGACUACGACAAGCGAGGAGGAUGCACCACUGAAGCAUCGGAGGAGCUCGUGAAGGAGAUUUGUCUGUGUAUUUUAGGGUUUGGAAAGCGAUGGGGAAGAACGAGAAAACGGGGCUAGGGCGAGCGCUGGUGAGGCACCACAACCAAAUGAUCCAGCAAUCCAAGGAGAAGGGACGAUUCUACAGGAACCAGCAGAAGCGAGUCCUUGAGUCUGUGACGGAAGUAAACGACAUCGACGCCGUCAUCGAGCAGGCCGAAGAGGCUGAUCGCCUCUACUCUGUCGAGAACCCCGUCCCUAACCUUCUCAUCGACCUGGACGCCAAACCUGGCAUGACGCCCGAGGAAAGGAGAGAGCAACAGAAGAUAGAGGAGGCAUUGUACGCGAGCAGUCUUCGAGUACCUCGCAGGCCACCUUGGAACGCUGGCAUGUCCGUGGAGGAGCUCGAUGACAAUGAGAGACAGGCUUUCUUAACAUGGCGCCGAAGUCUUGCAAGACUUGAGGAGAAUGAGAAACUUGUUCUUACGCCCUUUGAGAAGAAUCUGGAUAUCUGGAGGCAGCUGUGGCGGGUGCUUGAACGAAGUGAUUUGCUUGUAAUGGUUGUUGAUGCACGUGAUCCAUUGUUCUACCGCUGCCCUGAUCUUGAGGCAUAUGCACGUGAGAUUGAUGAACACAAAAGAACUUUGCUGCUUGUUAACAAGGCAGACCUUUUACCCUUUGCUGUCAGGGAGAAAUGGGCAGAGUACUUUCAUCUAUAUGGGAUUCUCUUUUUAUUCUGGUCAGCAAAAGCUGCUUCUGUGGCUCUGGAAGGGAAAAAGUUGGGUGGUCUUUGGGAGAAGCAAAGCACAUCAGAUGGAGCAGACACCGAUACCAAAAUUUAUGGAAGGGAUGAACUUUUGGCCCGCUUACAGUCUGAAGCAGAGGCUAUAGCAUCAGCUAGAAGGGGUCGACGCACAAGUCAUGCUCAUUUGGUCAAUGUUAUUAAUACAUCAAGUUCCUCUAAGCCUGUUGUGGUGGGGUUUGUGGGCUAUCCUAAUGUGGGGAAGAGCUCCACAAUUAAUGCCUUGGUGGGUGAGAAACGAACUGGUGUAACCUCAACUCCAGGGAAGACGAAACAUUUCCAGACAUUAAUAAUAUCUGAUGAGCUGAUGCUGUGUGACUGUCCUGGUUUGGUGUUCCCAUCUUUCUCCAGCUCGAGAUAUGAGAUGAUUGCAUCAGGAGUGUUGCCAAUUGAUCGAAUGACUGAACAUAGGGAGGCUGUACAAGUUGUAGCCAAUCGAGUUCCUAGGCACGCUAUCGAGACUGUUUAUAAUAUCACUUUGCCCAAACCAAAGCCAUAUGAACUGCAAUCUAGGCCUCCAUUGGCAUCAGAGCUUUUGAGGGCCUUCUGCAGCUCUCGUGGAUAUGUAGCUUCAAGUGGACUGCCAGAUGAGACUAGGGCAGCACGCCUAAUUUUGAAGGACUACAUUGACGGGAAGCUGCCUCACUUUGAAAUGCCCAAUGUAACGUCUGAUGAGGACACCAAGGACCUAGAUGCUGCUGAACCUAGCUCCUCUGCUGCAUAUGAAUCCAAUUCUGAAGAUGAAGAUCAUUCACAUGAUGAAGAAUCAAACUCCAACCUUGAGCAUGUGCUGAAUGAUCUCGACUCAUUUGACUUGUCCAAUGGGCUAGCUCCCACCAAGGCUGCUGUUGUCAAGAAGAAGCCAUCAGCUGCACCCCACAAACAGCACAAGAAACCUCAAAAGAAAAAGGACCGAUCAUGGAGGGUUGUAAAUGAUGGUGGGGAUGGAAUGCCGGUGGUAAGAGUCUUCCAGAAGACGGUGAAUGUAGGUCCUCUAAGGGCUGGAUAAAGUUGCUUCCUUGAAAAAGGGAUCUCAGACUUGCAGUAUUACGUCCAGCCUACCCUUCCGAUCACCAAGUGGAAAAAGUUUUUGUCAGGGGUUUCUGGAGCAGGGUUUUGUAACCACUGAAGCAUGUCCGCUGCAGAAAGGUAUUUGCAUGCCAUGUUUAGCUUUCCUUCUUUAGUCUUCUCAUAUUGUGCUGUAUACUUAUUUAUUAAUUGGGGAUGCAUUUAACAAGGUAAAUAAAUAAAUCCUGAGUGACUUAAAAGACAUGCUUGGUCAACUACUUUCAAUCAACAACAAGAGCGAUCUUUGAACGACAGGAGCGGAUGUGUAAGCAAGGUUAUGUUUUAUAACUUCAGGGAGAAUUUAUUGUAUCUGCCAUGGAAUGUGAUGGAGGUGAUGAAUAUUUAUUGACGGGAACAGCUUGAGUUAUGCGUAAUGGAAUUUUUAUUAAGGAA